AGAAGGCUCAGUUCGGAACCGAGUAACAGAUCCGCCGGAAGGAACGAAGAUGGGCCAGCGGCCGUCGACCGAGGAAGCGCGCAUGGCCGACCGCGUAUCUGGCAUGAUGCGCACGUACAUGGACCUUGGCACACACAUUGAAGAUGCCAAUCGAUGGGCCACGCUCUGCCCGACGCCCAAGACGUGCCAGCUGCGCUUUCGCCUCGUGCUCAACGAACGCAUUGCACCCGACGUCAUGCCCUACGUCUGGAAGGUCAAAGGCAAUGUCAUGGUUGAAGCGCGCAAGAUUCGCCGCCUUCCCGAGCACGAUCCGCCCCGCGAUAUCAACACAUGGGAGGCCCUCGAGUCCAUAGAGCACACGAUUGGCACGCCCAAGCUUCUGACAAUCCAGCAGUUUUACUAUGUGCUCUGCUUCCUGUCGGAUGUCAACGACUGCGCCGUCCAUACGCUGACGAUCCCGACCGACACCGAGAAGGAGGCCAAGGACUUUGACGACUUCGAGUGCCAGAUCUGCAUGGACAAGCAGAAGGAGGUUGUCUUGCCGUGCAGUCACAGUUUUUGCUUGCGGUGUUUUCAGACCUGGAGCACGCAAAACCAGACGUGCCCGAUCUGCCGGUCGCGCAUCUACUGCGCCGAGGGCGAAGAGCUCUGGCACCUCACCUCGAACGACAUUCGCGACAUCGCCUCGUACGCCAAGGACCUCAUUUCGCGUAUUUAUGAAUUCCUCGACAAGCAAGACGUGAGCCACGUCUCGCACGACAAGCUCAUCUCGUCCGCGGCCACUUACAACGCCUGGCGCAUUGCGACGCUCGAGACGCGGCUCGACGAGGAGCCGCAAGGCGACGACCACAGCCGGUCGUCGUCGUUCUCACUGCCGCCGACGACGCCGUCGCUCGACUCGGACUACAUUUUUGCCCUUGCGCUCGCAGCGGGCGAAGACCAGGAGCGUGCGCUGGCGGCCUGUGGCCGCGAACAGGGCUACUUCCCCACCCUCAACAUCAUGUCUUCGUCGUCGUCGUCCUUGCCAGAGUUUUAGUCGUCCUCGACGUUGUAAUAUAAUAAUAUCAGCACAUCCCACGCCUC